AUGGCCGUUCAAACUCGUCGAACCAGCCAGCUCCGGCGUUCCAGGCCCCUCCCCAGUCAGCUCACCCGGCCAGAAGAACUCUCGGCCAGAAGUCCCAGACGUCCCCUCUCCACCAAGCCUAUCCGAGACUCUCCCAACAGCGCCGGAAAUCUCGAGAAACCUCAUCUGAUUCGGAUCGCUGCCCUUCGCACGCAUUCUGUUUGA